GUAUUCGAACUAAAGGCAGUCCAGUUAGCUGAGAAGCUGCUCCCUGCCUUUAAUACCCCCACAGGAAUUCCCUGGGCCAUGGUCAAUCUUAAGAGUGGCGUUGGUCGUAACUGGGGUUGGGCGUCGGCGGGCAGCAGCAUCCUGGCUGAGUUUGGGACUCUUCAUAUGGAGUUUGUACAUCUCACCUAUCUGACUGGGAAUCCUGCCUACUACCAGAAGGUGAUGCACAUCCGGAAGCUGCUAGCCAAAAUGGAUCGACCCAACGGGCUCUACCCGAACUACCUGAACCCCCGUACAGGCCGCUGGGGCCAACAUCACACCUCAGUUGGAGGACUUGGGGACAGUUUUUAUGAGUACCUGCUGAAGGCAUGGCUCAUGUCAGACAAGACAGAUACAGAGGCUCGGAAGACCUACGAUGACGCCCAUCGAGGUACAGCCAUUGAGCGCCACCUGAUACGCAAAUCCAACGGUGGUCUGACAUUCAUUGGUGAGUGGAAGAACGGCCACCUGGAGAGGAAGAUGGGCCACCUGGCGUGCUUCGCCGGCGGCAUGUUUGCGCUGGGCGCCGACGGCUCGCCCGACGACAAGGCUGGGCACUACCUGCAGCUGGGGGCAGAGAUCGCGCACACCUGCCACGAGUCCUAUGACAGGACAGUGCUGAAGCUCGGCCCGGAGGCCUUUAAAUUCGACAGUGGCCUGGAGGCGGUGGCUGUGCGGCAGAAUGAGAAGUACUACAUCCUGCGGCCGGAGGUCAUUGAGACCUACUGGUACAUGUGGAGAUUCACCCACGAUCCCAAAUGGCAGUGGGGCUGGGAGGCAGCACAG